AUGGCUUCGGCGACAAUAGGGGAUUCACAUGAUGAUUUGAAUUCGAGAGGAGGGUCUCGUUGGCCGGAAAAUAGGAAAGUCUAUACGCGGCGGCAUCGAUUGAAAGCCUCGAAAACCUGCAAUGAUAAAGAUACCCUCGCCACCACAGCCUCCGGUGCGGAGAGCCACCGCUCUGCCGCCCCUAGCACCUCCGGGAAUCCCGCCCCCAUACCCCCUGAGGUUUCCUGCACCACCCUUGCCACCAAUUCCGCUGCUCCCGAUAUUUCCACCUUGUCGACCCCUCCCGACAGGACAGACGGGGCCCGUCUUGUCACGGAAUAUCCUGCAGAUGUAGUAACUGAACAGAGUCUCUCACGUGGGUCGCCGAACAAAUCUCUGCAAGAACAACCACAAGAUAUACCUUCAUCUGCAGAGAAUUUGAAAAACUUAUCCUCUGUUUGCAGGGCAGAUGAGCCAUUGCAGACAGUUGAGGUCAGGACAGAGAACACGAGAGAGUCGUCACCUUUUUCCGAUGAAAACGGCCUUUCAAACGGCAGAGAAGUUGAUGUGCUGGCGCUGCCCGCUGAAAACGGGGCACAAAAUGAUGGAAAUGCCAAUGGGGUUGUGAAGCCGCUCGUGAUAACUAGUAUUGACGAUAGGAUUAGGUUUAAAUUAUAUAAAGAAACCCCGUUGAUCGAGAUUAAAGAGCUUAGGAAGAAGCUAGAAUGUGAGCUCGAUCACGUUAGUAGGUUAGUUAAACAGUUUGAGGCCAAGGAGCUUCAGCUUGCUUCGUACAGUACUCAGAUUAGCAGCAGUAUUAUUAGUAAUAACAGUAAUCAUAUCAGCAAUGGGGGUGCCAAUAUUGGUGCUUACAUUCAUCCUCAACCUCAGCCUCAGCAACCUCGAAUCAAUGUCGUAGACAGGAGAUUGUCGGUAAGAGUAAACUCGGAGGUGGGCCACCAAGAAACGAGGCCUAUGAUAUUAUCAAGAAUGAACUCUGAUAUGGGGGUCCCACGGAAUCUUGAACCGAGGACGUACAGUAGACAGCUCAGUGUUGCAGUGAUGGAAAAUAAUCACAAGGGUGGCGAGUUUGUCGAGAAGGAGAAACGGACACCAAAGGCGAAUCAGUAUUACAGAAAUUCUGAGUUCCUUUUGGGGAAGGACCGGCUGCCUCCCGAAAGUAAUAAGAGGUUGAAGACAAAUAGUGGGAGGAAACAUAGUAGAGGGCAAGAACGUGGCUUUGGCUUCGGUUUUGCGUUCGAUAAGAGGAAAAAUCAGGUUUUCAAGAACUGUAGCAGCUUACUUCAGCGGUUGAUGAAGCACAAGCAUGGUUGGGUGUUUAACGAGCCGGUGAAUGUCAAGACCCUGGGGUUGGUUGAUUACCAUGAUAUAAUCAAGCAUCCUAUGGAUUUGGGUACAAUUAAGACAAGGCUGUCGCAGAACUUGUACAAGUCUCCAUGGGAGUUUGCAGAGGAUGUACGGCUUGUUUUCAGUAAUGCCAUGACUUAUAAUCCAAAGGGGCACGACGUACACAUUAUGGCUGAGCAGCUGUUGCAGAUUUUUGAAGAGAGAUGGGGGAUUAUAGAGACGGAGUACAAUCCUCAUUGGAGAUAUCCAAUGUAUCACGAUGGAGGAUUGCCUACUCCUACUUCUGGAAAGGCUCCCCCUCAAUCCUAUUUUGCGCCACCUUCUGUAGUGCAGUCCCCUGCAUAUGCCAUUGCUCCUAUUCCUUUGUAUGCUCCUGCAGCUCCACAGAUGAUGAGUACAGAUAGCCCGAGUCGCUUUCGAAAAAUAGAGGCUAUUGUCAACAUGAUUAGCAACCCUGUAUACUCAACUGUACCAAUUGCUGCCGAAGUCUUCAAGCUGGGAGGGGUAUACGACGAGAAGAAACUGUUUGGUGUGACCACUCUUGAUGUGGUUAGGGCCAGAACAUUCUAUGCUGGCAAGGCGAAAGUCAAUGUAGCUGGUGUACAUGUACCUGUGAUUGGCGGGCAUGCUGGACUCACUAUUCUACCUUUGUUUUCACAAGCCACACCAAGUGGAAACCUGUCAGACGAAGAAAUUAGGGCUCUUACAAAGAGAACACAAGAGGGCGGGACGGAAGUCGUUGAAGCUAAGGCUGGAAAAGGUUCAGCCACACUUUCUAUGGCUUAUGCAGGUGCCAUAUUCGCUGAUGCUUGCUUGAAGGGACUUAAUGGAGUCCCAGAUGUAGUGGAAUGCUCGUACGUGCAAUCUACUGUGACCGAUCUACCUUUCUUUGCAUCAAAGGUGAGACUUGGGAAGAAUGGUGUGGAGGAAGUCUUGGGAUUGGGUACUCUAUCUGAUUUUGAGCAACAAGGCUUGGAAGCUCUCAAACCCGAGUUGAAAAGUUCGAUCGAAAAGGGAAUCGCAUUCGUUCAUGACAACUGAAUUGGAAUUCGUCCAUCGUGCUGAAUUUUUUAUUACCAUGUCUUCGAACAUCACAUUUUUGCAUCGUUUAAACUAGGUUGUACUAUUUCCGAUUAAUGUUUCUUGCUAUGGAAGAGGCGGCAUAUUUGCCUUGUGAUGUAACACUAGGCUUUCAUUCGCAUGCAUGUAAUAAAUAAUACAAAAAUCUACAAUUUUUUACCUGCAAACUAUGUGCUCGGUUUGAAUAUCGGGUAUCAUGAUUAUUAUAAAUGACGUUCCGUUACGAUUA